AUGUCGAUCCUAAAGUUGGUCGAAGACCGACCAACCCCCAAAUCAGUCUACAACUGGCGAAUCUACCUCCUCGCCGCCAUAGCCUCUCUAACAUCGUGCAUGAUUGGCUACGACAGCGCCUUCAUCGGCACAACCAUAACGCUGCCUUCCUUCAAGAGCGAAUUCCAUUUUGACUCCAUGAGCUCGGACGAGCAGAGCCUAGUCUCAGCUAAUAUUGUCUCGUGCUACCAGGCCGGCGCCUUCUUUGGCGCUCUAUUUGCGUAUGGGAUCUCGACGUUCUGGGGCCGGAAAAUCGGCCUGCUGGUUGCGUCUCUGGUCUUUACGCUCGGCGCUGGUCUGAUGCUCGGCGCUAAUGGUGAGCGUGGGCUGGGUCUUAUCUAUGCAGGCCGAGUGUUGGCAGGUCUUGGGGUCGGCGCUGGUUCGAACUUUACGCCUAUUUAUAUUGCCGAGCUUUCUCCGCCGGCUAUUCGAGGGCGUCUUAUCGGGGUGUAUGAACUUGGCUGGCAAAUUGGAGGCUUGGUAGGGUUUUGGAUCAACUAUGGAGUCCAAACCACCAUGCCGGCAAGCCAAAAACAAUGGCUGAUCCCCUUUGCAAUCCAGCUGAUCCCAUCUGGCUUGCUCCUGAUUGGAACGCUGUUUAUUCGAGAAUCCCCGCGCUGGCUGAUGAUCCAAGGUCGUCGCGAAGAGGGCCAGCGAAACCUGGCUUGGAUCCGCCAGCUACCCCUAGAUCACAUCUACAUGAUCGAGGAAAUCAACGCAAUCGACCAGGCCAUCGAGGAGCAACGAAUAUCAGUGGGCAUCGGGUUCACGAAACCCAUCAAAGCAGCAUUCACGAGCAAAAAGUGGUCAUACCGCUUGUUUCUGGGCAGCAUGCUUUUCGUCUGGCAGAAUGGCUCCGGUAUCAACGCUAUCAACUACUACAGUCCUACAGUCUUCAAGAGUCUUGGUCUCCAGGGCACCAAUGCAUCCUUGCUUACAACUGGAUUGUUUGGCUGUGUCAAAACGGCCGUUACCUUUAUCUGGUUGUUGUAUCUGAUUGACCAUGUGGGACGGCGAAAUCUGCUUUUGUACGGUGCUGCUGGCGGAUCGAUCUGUAUGUGGAUUAUCGGUGCGUAUAUCAAGGUGGCUGAACCCACGAAGAAUCCUAGCGAUCAUCUCACAGGAGGAGGUGUUGCGGCUAUUUUCUUCUUCUAUCUGUGGACCGCCUUUUACACGCCGUCGUGGAAUGGAACACCAUGGAUUAUUAGUAGGCUGACAAAAAGGGGGGUGGAAAUAAAGGAAAUGUUUGACCAAAACAUGCGGUCUUUCGCACAAGCCUGCGCUGCUGCCUCGAACUGGCUCUGGAAUUUCCUCAUCUCGCGAUUCACGCCACAAAUGUUUGCCUCCAUGGGCUACGGAGUAUAUUUCUUCUUUGCGUCGCUCAUGGUAUUGUCUAUUUUCUUUGUCUUCUUCUUAAUUCCCGAGACUAAGGGUAUCCCCCUGGAAAGCAUGGACAUGCUCUUCGAAACGAAGCCAACAUGGCGCGCACAUGGAAUUGUGUUGCAAAGGAUUAAGGAGAACGAAAUAGAGUUCCGCGAGACUGUCAAGGGCACUGCUAUUGAGGAGAAAGCCUCCGCGCCGGUACAUAUGGAGUACUCGACCGAAGGCGCGCAAGAGAGAGCACCGGAAAAUACUGUAUAA